UCCGAAAUCAACUACUGACGUCACGGUGUCUGACGUCAUUCAAAAUUGAAAUCAGCAGUUUAUUUCGGCAGAAGGAUACCGUUGUGUAUAAAUCGGCUGACAGACAGUGAAGUGAAUUAAAAAUGAAAAUUGUAUUAAUCCUUGCGGUGUUGUGUGUUCUGACAGUUCCUGUGUAUUCUGAAGCAAAAUGUAGAAAAAGCAUGGCGAUCAAGUGUAAGGGAAUAUCAAUAACCAUGACAGCAACACUAGCGUACCGUAAUCUGAAAGUUUUAUCAAGAGGUUAUAUGGAUGUCAAGCUGUGCCGGCAAAUGGUACCUUAUAUCUCGUGCAUCAAGUAUGGUUGUGUUAAAGUUGAUGUUAAAACAGCGAAUCAAAUUACGUCCUUUAUGGGUGCCUGUGUCUUGAGAGAACAAGAAAACAAGUGCAGUAAGAGAACCGAGUGUAUUAAGGCGGUUCAAGUUGUCAACAAGUUCCCCGUUAUAUUACCCAAUCCUGUAGGGGCACUCAAAUUAUGCAGUGCCAUAAAACAGGUGAUUGAAUGUUUCACAGAAGGAUGUCAAGUGGAUAAGCUUAUCGAGCGUGGAAGGUUAUACAUGACGUAUUCAUAUUGUGCUAAAGGUAAAAUUGCUAUGGCUGCCUCAUAUUCGACUAGCGUCACUGCGUCUAGUCUGUUGAUGCUCAUUACUGUCAUGACCUUGAUCUUCCAGUAGACAUUGGACAGGAAGAUGUCGUUUUGCCACUAGGACAACUGGUACAGACUUGAAUACAACAGAACCUAUCAACCUUUUCUUUAUCUUUCAGUGUGUUUUUUUAUUUGUGUGUAUGGUGGUUUUGUGGUGGUUUUGCCGUUCUCUCUCUCUCUCUCUCUCUCUCUCUCUCUCUCUCUCUCUCUCUCUCUCUCUCUCUCUCUCUCUCUCUCUCUCUCUCUCUCUCGGGGGUUUCUGCCAGAGGGUUCAAAAGGUAAAAUUACGUACCCUAAAAUCCUGGAAAUAAAUAAAAUACAUUUUAAUUAUUUUCUUUUACAAACAUUAUAGUAAGAAAACUUGUUCAAAAUAUAUCUGCGUACAUUAAAUACAGAGUCCAAUUUAAAAAUGUUUCAAACCUAUUAUCAGCCGGUAGAGGCACUUAUGAUGUAUUUUGACAAAUUAUUUUCUGGAAGGAAACACCCACUACCCCCCCCCCCCCCUCUCUUUUUAUUUAUUUUAUUUAUUUAUUAUUUAUUUAUUUACUUAUUUAUUCAUUUAUUUAUUUAUUUAUUUUAUUUUAAAUUAGUAUCUCUAAUUCAUCAGGACGUACAAUAAGACGUGUACAGUAGUUCUGGUUAUUAGUAUCUCAAUGUUGAAAUUACUGUUAGCUCUUCUUUAUAGAAAUAAAACUGCUUUUGCCA